CCCAUAGUUUCUCCGAUAUUGUCAUUGCUAAUAUGGCUGCUCCAAAUUUUGAUAGGUUUUUCAACAGCUUAUCUGAACGUCUAGAAAAGCCAGUACGCAGUCACCUGAGAAAUGUCUACAGCUGUCUGGCAGCCACCAUGAUUGCAGCCGCUACAGGAGCCUACGUGCAUGUUGUCACCGACUACCUAAAGGGAAACUUCCUGUCAGCGAUCGCAUCAAUCGGGUUGCUCAUCCUGCUGGGAGCCACGCCACCGACGUCUACCUACAACCAGAAGAUGCGCCUCGGCUUCCUGCUGGGCUUUGGCUUCUUCACUGGACUCGGCAUGGGCCCGCUGCUUGACGCGGUGAUCAGCAUCAACCCUAGCAUCAUCCCCACUGCAUUCCUUAGUACGUGCGUAAUCUUUGGCUGCUUCACCCUCAGCGCUCUCUACUGUGAGCAAAGAAAAUGGCUCUACAUUGGUGGUUUGCUGAUGAGUGGUCUAUCCUUCAUGCUGCUGCUUUCAAUCUUUAACCUGUUUUUCCAGUCAAGACUCAUGUUUCAGGUGAAUCUGUACUUGGGCAUGGCCGUGAUGUGUGCAUUUGUGCUCUACGACACACAGCUUAUCGUUGAGAAGCGUCGCCGUGGCGAUACUGACUACAUCUGGCACUGUGUAGAUCUGUUCCUGGACUUCAUCAACAUUUUUCGCCAGCUACUUAUUAUACUGGCUCAAAAGGAGGAAGGAAGCCGCCAGAAGAAACGGGAUUAAUGAUUUUUCGGCCAGACACAUGGAACCCCAAAUAUUAUCCAAGUAUUUGAUCACCGAUUUUGGACAUCACUGUCUACAGGCAUAUGGAUGAUAUCAAGUCAACUAAGUUUCAUAGAACUGGGCCAUUCAGCUAACUUGGCAAUUUUAUGGUGUGGUUUACAGUGAUUUGAUCAGUAAACUUUUUGACAGACAAAAAAAAAAUUGUAAAAAUGAAUUAAUUUACAUAGCCUCACUUUUUAGUCUCACUUUGUUCAAAAUAAAAUGUUACUAGCCAGUCAAGAAUGGUGAUAUGUGCAAACCUUGGCUUAUAGUAGAGCAAAGCCCAGAUGUGUCACCUGUGUAUUGGUGUGUCUUAAAAACUAUUACACCAUUUUACAACCUAUUUACUUGUUAUAUUUUGUUGCUAACUAAAAUUCCAAGGUUCUUUGAUAUGGGAAGUAGAGUGAGUACAGUAUAUAGAGUAAAUGUUGACUUCAUGGGAAGCUUUACAACAGGACUGAGACAUCUUCCUCGUUGCCUUUUUACCGUUUCUGUUUUUGAAAUUAAAAUUGUUAAUUACCAAAUGUUCACAGAGAGGUUGCAUGAUAUAGUUGAAUGAUAGCAAAUGAAUGUUUUAUUGGUAAAAUUGUAUCUAGAUAUGUAAACGAGCAGACACAGGUAGUUAUUUAAUUAGGAGAUUUUGGCACUUUUUAUUCAACUUGUUGGAACACUAUUGGCAAAAUCCUAUUCCAUUUAAAGCGGCACUGUAUUUUCAUCGUUUAGUUUCUAUCCACAUAAAUCCCAGCAGGCAUCAUCUACUACAAUUUUCUGCUAAUCUUUGCUCCUGACAGGUCAGUCAUACGUACUCCCUAUAGGUUUAUCCAGAACUGUGCGCUGAAUACCAGCACUGUUUAUGUCCUUGAGUUUAAAUUUACAAUAUAUGCAACAUUAAAAAAUAACGGCGGAUAAAGAUGUUAGUUUAAGUAUUUCAUCAUUAUUGUGAAAAUGUUUAAUUCUAUUUGGUGCGUUUUCAUAUAAGAGUUCCCUUACGUAAUAACCGAUUAUUGUUAGCAGUAUUAGUAUGAUUUUCAAUACUCCAACCGAUUUAGGUCAAUUUGUUUUGUGUCACUAAAGAGCACGAUAUACAUUGAUGUACUUUGUAUAGUGAUUGUGUGAUGUAGCAGAAUGCCAAUACUAAUUUCCUAAUUUCCUUACUUUCAUACGUGGAAUGUUGUGUUUAUGCACUUGCACGGAUACAAACUAGUUGGAGUUUUUAGAUCUAUUCAUAAAACUACAAUAUUUUCAUUAUAUUUUCUAAUUUGGUGAGGAAAACUGCAGUUUGAACUGAGUUAUACCAAGAGUAUUCGACGAAAAUCAACCGUCUACAUGUGCCUUCUAGAUAUAGGGGUAACAGGGUACAUGAACACCUGUGACCUAACUGGGUUCAGCUAAAAAGAAUACCAGUUCUCAGAUUAUGUAUUGAGUGAAGUUUAAAGAAACUACUUCUGCGCACUUUUUGACUUGUUGUGUAGUGAACGUAAUGAUUUAUGAGAAUAUAGCAAGUAAAAUAUGUGCACCGCGCUAUCUAUGCUGUUCGACGUACCUCCAUGAAUAUCCAGAGGGUGAAUUAAUAUGAAUGGUUUACAAGUAGUGUACACAAGAUUGUAUUUCUCUUGUUACUGUAAGAAAUUUCUCAUCAUACAAUCAAACCUGCAUAUAAUGGUCACUAACUACAUUUCAAUGAGACGCUUGAUUCCGUGGACAUUUUUGCGAAAAAUGCAGAAUACUCCAGCAGUAGUAUUGACCAUUUCGCUACUUUUCGUUACAUGUUGUGAGUCUGGCACGUGAAGCAUACAUUUACACCCGCGCGAGCUAUAUUGUGCGCAUGUAGUUAAUGAACUACGCUGUAUAUGUUAAUGGUAGUUAUAUGUCCUCAGCUAAGUUGCACAUUUUUAAUGACUUGUAGAUCGAAUUCAUGCCAGGAAACUUUAAUUCAGUUGCUUAGUAAAGAUUGCUUAUAGCUCCAGGAAACGGUCGUACAUCGAAAGAUCUGUGUACUGACGUCGGUCUCGCAGCCUGGUCAGGCUUCAUUGCUUAUUGAACUGAGCCGGUUUACUCGUUCGUGUCAUGACCGGCAUCUGAUUAGUUAUAUUAGUAACCGAAAGUUAAUUUUAGAAGUGGGUUUAUUUACUUUACAGUACGGAAUAUGGAUUUAUAUUGAAUAUGACUUGGUUAUAUGGUAACGCGACCUGACGUUUAGCUGGAGAGUCACAAUUGGGCUAAAACAUCACUUUGUGGUAAAAGCCCGGGAUAAGACACGUAACUAUAGCUGUUUAUGAGUAAAAAAAUUACUGUAUUUUGUAAUUGCAUAUAGUAUUGUGGUGAUCGUAACGCUGUUCUGAAACAUCUGUUAUCACCUGUAAAGACAGUCGGCGUGUAUUGAGUGCGCCACGUGAAACCUUAUAGAUACACCCUGAAGCUCACUAACAGUAACAUAAAUAAUCAACCGAUCUAAAUUUGUCAUUCUUUUAAUAAAUAAACGGAAUUAUCGAUUCACGAACAACCAA